AUGGUUUCGCCCGGAAGAAGGGAGGAAAAGGACUGCGAUUUCAAGCUUUCCUGGUUCGGGGAACACCUGGGCAAGACAUUUGCUUCAUAUGGCCAGUGGAUAUUGGACGGGGAACAGAAGAGGAUCGAACAAGUUGGAAGCAGCCGGUUGGAAAGCAGAAAAAAUGAUUGCAAGGACAGAACAACUAUCGCCCAAAAGACACACAGGCUUCAUAACAAUCAAGCAUGCGAGUUUGAACAAGGAAUAAUCUUGGUCAGAAAUCCCUUCGAUGCUAUUCUAGCCGCGUACAAUCAUCACAAAGCCGGAAAAACCGGGGAACCGCCGAUGACAGUUUACAAAGGGCCCGACUGGCCAGAAUUUGUCGACCACUGGGCUUACCGUUGGGAAGAAUUUCACCUUCAGUGGCUUGCUUUUGACGGACCGGUGGAGUGGACAUGCUUCCAAACAUUGAUAAAGGACCCGGUAGAGACAGCUGGAAAAUGGCUGGACUUCUUGGAGAUGGACCAUCGCCGCUUAGGCUGCAUCCACGCGGACCCAACAGGGCAAUUCCAGCGAAAGAAGACGCAAGACUACUCGCAUUUGUACACACCGAAGAUGGCAAAAUACGUCCACCAGAAAAUAAAGACGAUCUCUGAUGGCUUCAAACAAAAGGGAAUCGAAGAUUGUACUCAAUAUUUCAAAUACGAUAAAUGCUGUUGA